AACAACGGGAAAUUCAAACAAGUCAAACGCGAUCGUAAAGAAUUUUAUUUACCUCUGUUAUUUCUUACAAAUUAUAUAAUAAAAUAAUUUAAAUAAAAUACUUCAGUCAACAUGGCAGAUGCAAAUGAAACAUUAAGUAUCCUCAAUGCUGAGGCACGUAGGCAAAUGGAAACUAAACGAGACAAUGAAUUAUGCAAGAUCAGGAAAUUACGUUUGAUCCUGGAUAACUUACAAAAAAUAAGAAUAAAUAAAUUGGAUUUACCCGAUAGUGGUGAACAAGUCGAUUAUACUUUAAAAGUACUUGACGUGAACGACUAUUUGCAUAUGAAUGUUGGAGGAGGAGACGACUAUCUUCUAGGCUUGAAAACUCUACGAGAGUCUAUAAAUUUGACUUAUACUGAAAGGAAAGCUAUACGCGAAGAAAUUGUAUCCUUAUUACGUUUAAAUUUACAACCAAUCAUUGAUUUUGGUAAAAAGUUGAAGGCAGAAGUGCCUGAUGUAUUUAUCGAACUUGGUACGCCACCACCAGUUGGAAAAUGUGCCUCCAAAAAGCUCUCUGGAUUUAAUCAAAUAAUUUCCUUGGAGUCCCAACAUCGUUCUAAUUUGCAGAAACUCGCAGAAGCUAGUAAUCGUAAAUGUGCUUAUCUUAAAGCUGCAGCAGAGUUGAAAAUGGGUCCAUACUUGGCACAUGAAUUAGAGCUCUUACAUGUCCAAGGAAGACUAACGCAAGAGAAAUCCAAUAUUUUAAGAAACUACUUUACUAAUGAAUUGCUGGCACGAACAGAGCAUUGCGCGAAAGCACUCAAAGAAGUUGAAAAUUAUAUAGAUAUGGAGACAGAAAAAAUUGCGGGAGCAGAGUCAAAUUAGUGCAUCUUCAAACUUUUUUUUAUCCAUAUAUAAUAUUAAGUGAAAAAUAUGUAAUAAAAAGAAAUAAUGUAUUUUUCUA